GAGAAGCGUGCCUUCCUUUUAACAUCGCUUCAAAUGGGAACUAGCCUACUUGAAAAAAAUAAUUAACAACUCAUUUUCAGUAGUAACACGGAAAAAUCCAUUCAACAACAAAGGGAAAAGAGCAGAGACCAAGAACUUUUGCAGUGAGGAAAAGAAAUAUAGGGUGGCGACUAGGAACCCAGAAGGGGAGACGCGUGGAAGCCGUCUCCUGGUGUUUCUUUCAUCAUUUUUUGCCAGCAUUGGUGGAGUUUUAGGCCAGGUUGUAGAACAAGAAGAAGAACCAGAGAUGGCGUCUGAAGCUAUUGUUCCUCAGCAGAAAAAUAAUGAAGUAAAGCCGAAAAAUAUAAUAGCAGAUGGAAGGAAUCGAAGAGUUCUUCAAGACAUUGGCAAUUUUGUCAAAGAACGAGGAGCACAAGGAAAGAAACCAAUUACUAAAGGAGUUGCUAAUGUCGCACAAUCUGUGAAAGGAGGUGGUGGUGCAGUGACGAAGGAGGUGGCAACCCAAAGAAAGGUAGUUGACAAGGUUGACAAAGACAAACCAAAACCUGAGACCCUGAUCGUGAUGAGCUCUGAUGAAAAAACUAGGAAAACUGGACAUGUUAGCAGGAGAGAAGGAUCUUCAAGGAAGGAAGUCAAAACCCUCACUUCAAUCCUCUCUGCUCGACGCAAGGCUGCUUGUGGUCUUACCAAUAAGCCUAAAGAUUCGAUUGAGGACAUUGAUGGAGCUGAUGUUGGUAAUGAGUUGGCUGUUGCUGAAUAUGUGGAUGAUAUCUACAAAUUCUACAAGUUCUCAGAAGACGAGGGUCAGGCACGUGACUAUAUGGAUUUGCAGCCAGAUAUUAAUGCAAAGAUGAGAUCAAUCCUUGUAGAUUGGUUGAUUGAAGUCCAUUGCAAAUUCGAUCUUAUGCCAGAAACACUUUAUCUUACCAUGAAUAUUGUUGAUCGAUUCCUUUCGGUGAAGGUUGUACCAAGAAAGGAACUUCAGUUGGUGGGUAUUAGUGCAAUGCUCAUAGCAUGCAAGUAUGAAGAGAUUUGGGCACCAAAGGUCAAUGACUUUGUUUUCAUAUCAGACAAUGCUUAUGCUAGAGAGCAGGUCUUGGUAAUGGAGAAAGCAAUCUUGGAUAAGUUAGAAUGGUACCUAACAGUUCCUACAGCAUAUGUCUUCCUCGUUCGGUUCAUCAAAGCCUCUAUUCUAUCUGAUGAUAAGAUGGAGGAUCUGGUGUUUUUCCUUGCUGAGCUUGGUCUGAUGCAAUACCCAACCGUAGUUUUGUACUGUCCUUCCAUGUUAGCUGCUGCUGCAGUGUAUGCUGCAAGAUGCACCCUUGACAAGAGCCCUCAUUGGAGUGAAACUCUGAAGCAUCAUACAGGCUACACUGAAGACCAGCUCACGAAUUGUGCAAAACUCUUGGUCAAAUUUCACUCCACAGCUGCAGAAAGCAAGCUCAAGGCAAUACAUCGGAAAUUCUCAAGUCCAGAUCGCAGUGCCGUGGCUCUCCUGUCCCCAGCAAAAAGCCUUUUGCCAAAUCAUGGAGAGUUAUUCUGAAUUUCAGAUGAUUUGUGUUUCUCAAUGCUCUUGUGUUCUUCUAUAUUUGGAUAGGGUGAUCAUGUUUCUGUUAUGGUCUGGUAGUUUGUACAUUUUGUCCUUUGACUAUUACCAGGAAUUUGAUAUAACAAUGUGAUUUUUUUAUUUUUUUUUUGUAAAGAAUGAUGCUUAGUUGCAUUUUGUACUAACUAAUUUGCUAUUGUUAUUGUUCAAACUAACUGGCAACUCUCUUGCAAAGGGUCAUGAUUUUUUAUCACAAGAUGUUAUAGAGAACAC